GUUGAGAAUAGUGAGCAGUAUGCAAACAUAUCCCAGAGUGCAAUGUGGCAAUUGGCAAACGGGUAAUGUUGUGGGACGAUAAACACAUUUUGUGGUUGUCAAUUUAUAGCUGCUAAUAGCUGACCGGUACUGGAAGAAAAUCGUAUGGUUCGAAGGAGGGGGAAGAUUUGGUGUUUGACUGAACGGCAUUGGCCCCGCGUUCGACAGCAUGGAGAAACAGUUGCAUUUGAAUGUGUUAGCUUCCAGACCUCCCGUGUCAGGAGGCUUGCAGUCGCGGUCUAAAAUGAGAAUGGGACCUGGACGGAAGAGAGACUUCUCCCCUCUGUCCUGGAGUGAAUACUUUGAAGCAAUGGAAGAUGUAGAAGUGGAAAACGAUAACGCCAAAGAUACGUUCAGAAUCUACUGCAGUGGCCAGCAUGGUCCUGUGCUGCUCCUGCUCCAUGGAGGAGGACACUCUGCUCUCUCCUGGGCUGUGUUCACUGCGGUGAUAUACAACAGAAUUAACUGCCGGGUGGUGGCUAUGGACCUCAGGGCCCAUGGUGACACCAAAGUAAAGAAUUCUGACGAUCUCUCAGCGGAAACCAUGGCCAAGGACAUUGGCAAAGUGGUAGAAGCACUCUAUGGCGAAAACCCACCUCCGAUCAUGAUGAUUGGACACAGCAUGGGUGGAGCUAUAGCAGUUCAUACCGCUGCAGCAAACCACGUGCCGUCUUUACUUGGCCUGUGUGUGAUUGAUGUCGUUGAAGGCACAGCAAUGGAUGCCUUAAACAGUAUGCAGAAUUUCCUCAGGAGUCGACCAAAGACCUUUAAGUCUGUGGAGAAUGCCAUUGAGUGGAGUGUGAAGAGUGGACAGAUCCGAAACGUUGAGUCAGCCCGGGUGUCCAUGGGAGGCCAGGUGAAAAAAUGUGAGGAACACCUCAACAGUCCAGGCGUCUCCAAGAGCAUCAGUGACGGCAUCAUUGAAGAGGAGGAGGAAGAAGAGGAAGGAGAAUCCAACCACAAAAGAAAGAAGGAGGAUGACCAAGAGGUGAAGGAGACCCUUUAUACCUGGCAGAUUGAUCUGUCAAAGACAGAGAAGUACUGGGAGGGCUGGUUCAGUGGCCUGUCUGCCCUAUUCCUUUCCUGUCCUGUGCCAAAACUGCUCCUGCUCGCUGGUGUGGACAGGCUUGACAAAGAUCUCACAAUUGGACAGAUGCAAGGGAAGUUCCAGAUGCAGGUGCUCCCUCAGUGUGGCCAUGCUGUCCAUGAGGAUGCCCCUGAAAAAGUAGCAGACGCUUUGGCCUCGUUCAUGGUCCGUCACAAGUUCACUGAAUUUAAGGAGGGUUUCCUGUGCUAAUGGGACCCAAAUAAACUACAUAGACAAGUGCCCGUUUUUCCCUGGACCCAUCCAGCAGUCAUGGAGGAGUUGCCUGGAGCCUCAUGAACACCAUCUUCUGUCAAUUACUCCCAACUACGAUAAAAUAAUGUUCAUGAGCACUAUAUAACACUAUACAAAAUUCUUAGCACUUAAAUUGGUAAAAAAUAUAAUUUAAAUGUAUUAUUAUUAUUAUUACUACUACUAUUACUUUGACACUUAUGGUUUUGCCUUUUUUUCUUUUCUUUGAAAGCAGGGAUUUUGUUUCACCCAUCCCACUCAACUUUUUUUCCCGUUUUUUUCUGUGAUGCCUUGCCUGUUUCUUGUUACAUUUUGGCUAACUGCAUCUUGUUGUGCUAUGUGUUUAAUGUUGUUGGAUUUUAAGAAUGAUGAAUAAAAAUGGAAAUGGAAAAGGAA